AAUUCAUUUUUAAUCUAAAAAGCUUUUCCUUCAAACGUUCGACAUACUUUUUUAAGAUACUAGUAGAAAAAAUGAUAUUAUUUUAUUCCUUUUUUGAGACCCAUUUUUGUCUUAAAACUUUUCUAGAUAUAGCGUUUGUUGGAUUUUGCUUCUUAGGUGUGAACCGAGUGGAAGCAGCCGAUGAAUGUUAUUUCGAUAAGAAAGAGUCAGUUUACUGUCAAUAUGGUUGUUGUGGUGACACGUGCUGUCCUAUGACAACGGCAGCGUUGAUUGGAUUAGUUGUGAGUACAGUAGUUGGGUUAGCUUGUCUUCUUGGGUGCAUGUUCUGUUUGUACUGUAUUUUUAAAAACCAAGGGAAAGCGAAGAGCAACGCGUCAAUGGUUUAUCCGAGUGACUUCAACAGUAAAAUAUACCGUAAAGAUUCUACCCAAGACGACAACAAAUCGUAUCUAUCCAGCAUCAGUUCUGAAAGUUUAAAUCAGGAAUACCAGAAAAAGAAUCCGGAUUUGUCGUUUCAACAUCCACAACAGUCGUACUCUAAUAUGUCUUACACAUAUUCGCAACCGAGGCCAGCAAAUUAUUAGCUUCAAGGAGACAAGUAUUUGAAAUAACAUGAUAGGGAUAAAGAAAACACAUAAUUUACCCGGAAAUUUGCAUAUUAGUUUAAUAAAUAUAUACAUGUAUUAAAAACAAAAACAAUGGUCUAUACAAACGUUAACUUUAUAAGAACAUAGCGGGAACAUUUGAAUUUGGCAUAUAGUUAACUAAAGGUGUUUUUCUGUAUCAUAGCAUAAUUAUAAUACUAAUGAUUGUAUAAAGAUAAAAUAAGUAUGUAUAAAUGAGUUUAGUACAUUUAUAAGGAGGCAACCAUUUAGGGUUUAGUAAAGUAAUGAGAUUUUAUUCUUCCAUUUUAAUAUUAAC